AGCGCAGGGAAUCUCCUGAUUUCUGAGCAGGACUCUCCUACAAGGUGUGGCUGGGGUCGGAUUUUUCCCCAGCCCAGGUAUCUGUCUAGUGGGUGAGUCGCCAUGGCCAAGUUCGCUCUUUGCUGGGGCAGGCUGUGAAGGGCCCGGUUCAUGGGAAGCGAUGAUGGGACGCUUCAACUGGAUGGGUUCAGAAGCUGCUAUCCCUCGCUUCUUUUCUAGUACCCUAGGAAACUACUCAGAACCUAGAACUUCCCAUUGGCUUAGAUAUACGUAUUGCUCUCCUGCUCCGGCCUCAUAUGUUGUAGGGAGGUGGGAUUGAGUAACUGUCUUUCCGACCAUUUCCUUAGUUUUUCCUAAUUGAGGCCAAAACUUAAAAGGCAUUCUGGGUUCCUCUCUUAGCCUUUCUUUCCCUACAUCCAGUUCUUUUAUCACAGCCUUGCCCAGUCCAUCUCCAAAACAUAUCAGUUAUUUUCUACCCCUUCCACCGCUGUUUUAGGCCUAGUUCAGACUACAGUUAUAUGUCUUCUGGACUUCUGCAAGACUUUUAAAAAUUGGUCUGUUUUCACUCCUUGAUCCCCUAACAUUCUUUUCUCCACACUGCAGCUGAAACGGUCUUACAACAAAUCAGAUGGUAUCACUCCCCUCUUUCACACUCCUCCCCACGCUACCCCCAUAAGUUUCAUUAGGGUAGAGACCUUGACUGUUUUGUUAUCUUAUCCCUGGUAACUAGAACUGUGCUUUGCAUGUAAUUGAUCAAUAAUUAUUUAUGGAAUAAAUGAGUUCACGGGGAAUAAUUCUGUUGUGAGAAUCCUUAGUUUGGUCACCAGUUUGACUUUUGAACCGUGCAGUUUUAAUUUAGCACUCACAAAGUGGUGGGCAUAAAAGAUUAAAAGCAAAAUCAAGGAGGGUGGAGAAGUAUAGGAGUGAGUGGAGAAAGUGAGAUUGAAUGUAUGAGAUGGAAUAGUUUUGGACUUAUUGUGUGAUAGAGCCAUUUUAAGAGAGCUUGCUAUGUUGCUUGUACUCUUUUUUUCCACAAUAAGUCAAGUUCAACUUGUAAAUGUUACCUUGGAGAGUUGUUUCUCCCUAUUCCUAUUUAGGUCAAGGGCUUUCUGUGCAAGUUAACCUAUAGACUUUGUUGCCAGGAUUGUUGACAGGUAUUUUGUGUGUAUGCUGCUUGUGUGAUAGUUAUUGUGUACUGAAUGUUUGGGAAUACCAGGCAGAUAUGGUUCCUGUCUUUGUGGAGUAAAAAGGGAUGCUUUGCCUGUUUAAUGGUAACUUCACACUUGUUUCUGUAUAGAGCAUAUGCAAUAAUGUCACCUCAAAAGAGAGUUAAGGACUCUAAGGCACAAAAGAGGACUUCACAAGAUAGUGAUAGUUAUAAGACUAAUCUCUUGGCCUUGAAAGAAGAGGACCUAAAUGAUUCAAAGUGCAACUUAAAACAUGGACAAAACGAUCCAGUGAAAGAUUAUGGACAUGCUGAUGAUGAAGCAGAAGAUGCUCUGAAAAGAGCAGUGAGAUACUUUGAGAAAGGUCCUGUUGAAACUUCACGGAGUAGAGAUAAAACCUUGGAAAAACACUUGAAAACUGUGGAAAAUGUGGCUUGGAAGAGUGGGUUAGCUCCAGAAGGAAUUGACAUUCUACUAAAUGUGGCACUUAGUGGCAAAUUUGGAAACGUUGUAAACACUCGGAUAUUGAAGUGCAUGAUUCCAACAACUCUAAUAUCAGAAGAUUCUGUGGUUAAGGCGGUCUCCUGGCUUUGUGUUGGCAAGUGUUCUGGUAGCACCAAGGUACUUUUUUAUCGUUGGCUGGUUGCUAUGUUUGACUUCAUUGAUCACAAGGAGCAAAUUAACUUACUCUAUGGCUUCUUUUUUGCCUCAUUGGAAGAUGAUGCACUGUGCCCUUAUGUGUGCCAUUUGCUGUAUUUACUUACCAGAAAAGAGAAUGUCAAACCAUUUCGUGUGAGAAAACUGCUUGGUCUUCAGGCCAAAAUGGGAAUGCAGCCUCACCUCCAGGCUUUGUUAUCGCUGUAUAAGUUCUUUGCUCCUACUUUGAUUUCUGUAUCUUUGCCUGCAAGGAAAAAGAUUUAUUUUAGGAAUUCAGAGAAUCUGUGGGAGACAGCUCUACUUGCUGUGAGGCAAAGGAUUCAGGGACCCCCUCCUGAACCUGUAAAAUUAAUGUUAGGUCCAGCUAAUGUCCAUCCUGUAAAAAGAAAAUGGAAUUCUUACUCAGUUAUACCCAUGUUGAAUUCUAGUAGCUGCAGUAAAGAAUGUGGGAAAAAAGGGAUGGCUCUUUCUGAUUAUCUCCGUAGUAAUGGAUCAUUUCCACUAGAACAGCUUAAAAGCUUCCCUCAACUCUUAAAGAACAUCCAUUGCUUAGAGCUGCCUUCUCAGAUGGGUGCAGUGUUGAACAACUCUCUGCUGCUUCACUAUAUUAACAUUGUCAAAGAUGAGUCCAUCUUACUGAGACUCUAUCACUGGUUGAGUCAAACAUUACAGGAAGAGUGUAUUUGGUAUAAGGUGAAUAAUUAUGAACAUGGAAAAGAAUUUGCCAACUUACUGGACACUAUCAUCAGGGCAGAGUACUUCUUACAAGAGGGGUUCUAUUCCUGUGAAACAUUCCUGUAUAAGAGCCUUCCUCUCUGGGAUGGCCUCUGUUGUCGAUCACAGUUCCUUCAGCUUGUGAGCUGGAUUCCUUUUAGUAGCUUCUCUGAGGUGAAACCACUUCUUUUUGACCAUCUAGCACAGCUCUUCUUUAUAUCAACCAUUUAUUUCAAGUGUAGUGUUCUCCAGAGUUUGAAAGAACUAUUGCAGAAUUGGCUGUUGUGGCUUUCUACGGACAUCCACAUGAAACCUGUGAUGGACAGUCCUCUGGAUACCACUUUAGGUGGAUCCGUGAACACUGUGUCUGAACUGAUUGACUACAUAGGGUGGCUGUCCACUACUGCAAUGCGCUUGGAAAGCAACAAUACUUUCUUACUGCACUUUAUUUUGGAUUUCUAUGAGAAGGUAUGUGACAUAUAUGUAAAUUAUAACCUUCCACUAGUGGUAUUGUUUCCUCCGGGGAUCUUCUAUCCUGCUCUCCUCAGCCUAGAUUCCAGUAUCCUGAACCAGCUGUGUUAUAUCAUGGACAGGUAUCGUAAAAAUUUGACUGCUGCAAAGAAAAAUGAGUUGGUACAAAAGACAAAAUCAGAGUUCAAUUUCAGCACCAAGACCUAUAAAGAAUUUAAUCACUAUUUGACAGUGAUGGUUGGUUGCCUGUGGACAUCCAAACCUUUCCAGAAAGGAUUGUAUAUUGACCAUGAAGUCAUAGAAAAAGCUGGAGUAGCAGAGUAUAAAAGCAGUUUAAAUUUAGUUCAUCACCCAGCUCUAUUGAGUUAUACAGUUUCCUUUCUGCUCCAGGAAUGGCCAGAAGAAAGGAGAGUAAACAUGAGCUCUGUUCGGGGAAAGAAAUGGAACUGGUAUUUGGACUAUUUAUUUUCAGAGGGGUUACAAGGCUUGAAACUUUUCAUAAGGAGUAGUAUUCAUCGUUCUUCUACCCCCCUGACCAGAGAGCAUAAACCACAUCAUCAACAUUAAAUGAGUUUUGACUGAAACAAACUGACCAUACCGGACUAAAUUCUUUUCCUUGUUGCUAGAGAGGCCAAGUGGCUCAACUUGAGUUGCCAUAAUCUGUUCACCAACAGACUGCCAUCCUCGGAGCACUUGGACUGGCCUUCUGUGCAUGGCUCAGGAGAGCCUCAGUGUGGCUAAAUUUAUUUUUCAAGAUCUAGAUUCUUUAGCCCACUAGUGAAAACUGACUUCAUCAUCAGGCUCAGCCUUCCACCAGAUUAUACAUAAAGAGAUUCAUCUAUUAGGUGGUGGAAUUUUUCACAUUCUUGUGGACUCUAAGUUGCAUCAGUGGAAGAGAGCAGAUAACAUAAUGGCAGUUAAGCCACAGACAUACUCGUGCAAAAAGCCCUGCCGCUUCUGAAACCUCUGGGGAUAUUGCCAUUUUCCUUAUUGUGAACAACAAUGUCAGCAUCAAGUUAACAGGAUACAUUUCUAAUGCUUAAAGCCAGCUCUAGCUAAUUGGUAGCUUCCUGGGCCUUCACUGGUAGCAAUUUGAUGAGAGAAGGAAGGGGAGAGGAUUGUGGGAUAAUCUAAAAUGUUCCCAUUUAUUCCACUUUGAUUUCAUAAAACUGUACUAUUUUGUGUAUGUGUAUAUAUGUAUAUGUUACAUGUCCCAUUUUUACAUGUUCAGGCUCAUUUAAAUAAACCGAGACUUUAUUUUGGGGGAUCAUUCUGAAGCUUUUAAAAAAUUUUAUCAUAGCUAGAAUAUUUUGCUGAAAAUUAAAAUUCACUGCUACUGAGUAACUCUUCUCCUUUUAAUAAAAUUCAUGUCAUUUGAGAGAAAUUAAGCUGAGUUUACUUUUGGUUUUAAGGGCACAUUCUUGUGGCUUUUGUUUUUCCUCUAAAGCAAAAUAAAACUAUAUUAUUGGGUA